UACAGCCUACGGUGUGGACGUUUUAUAGCACGUAUCGCUGACCGUGCAGUCACCUGAUAUCCAGCAGCCUUAAAAGGUUGAGCUUUUUUAUUUAAACGCUUGUAGUUGUCAUUAGCACACUAGCACACGGGUUAAGCCUCUUUACGCGGACGUCUGGAUAGCCGAGGUGUUAAUAAAAUAUGGUGAACAGUGAGGAAGAGGGGGCAGAAGAAGGUGCCUCAGAGGCAGUUGCUCCGACACAGCAGCUGUGCCGCUUCUUUUUUCAAGGACGGCAUUGCAACUUUGGGAAGAAGUGUAAAUUUCUGCAUGUAAGAGAUGAUGCCAGAGCUCACGAGAAGGAAACUUAUGAAUCAGUGGGCCACAGGCCACCACCCACUGAUAGCACCAGGGUUGCCCCAGCAGCUGUCCGCCGGCCAUGCCGCUACUUCAUCGCAGGGAACUGCACCAUGGAGGGCAGAUGCCGCUUCUGGCAUCCACCAGAGUUAGCCCUACUGGAUGACCAGCCUGUUCCUGGCAAUCAAACAAGAGCUGAACAGAGGAUUCAACCAGUGUCCCGCCCCAGUGUUCUCCAGGAGGUGAAGCUCAGCGACAUGACAGAGGAUAUCGCCAAACAGCUACGAGACACAGAGAUCAAGCAGCUAAAGAAGCGUUUUCCCAAAGACCAGCUGAUUAUUCAGGAACGAAGUGAUGGGAAAGUUACUUAUUACAGGGCAACUGUGGAGGCCACCGAUCCAGACUGGCCUUUUGAUCUGAAAGAAAUUGACAUCAUGGUGAGCUUUCCAGACAAUUACCCCCAAGAGAUUUUUACAUUGGAUAUACCCCUGGAUCAGGAUCUGCCACCAGUAAUGGCGAGACAUGUACAGCAAGCAUCAUUGGAGUGGCUUCAAGCCAAGCAUGCAACCAAUCAGCUCAUGGGAAAGGUAGAGCUGCUUUUCAGGCCUUUUCUUCGCUGGCUAGAUCGCAGUUUGGAGAGGCUGUUUACUGAAGGAGCCCGACAGUUGAAAAAAGACGUUGAUUUAGAAAAAGCUGGACUUCAGUUUAUACCCUAUCAGGAGCUCCAGGCAACUGUGUCUGAAACAUCUGAGCCUGCAUCUGAUGUUGCUGCUGCAGACAGAGAUGAGGAUAUUGAAAUGACAGAGGAGGAAGAGAAGUUGGUGCAGCAGGAGAAUCUAGGUGGUGAUGAGGGGAAGGAGCAAGAGGAGACGAGUCGUCUGGUGGAGAACAUUAAGAUCAGUGAUCCUCGCAGGGGCACAGAAGUGAAGCUGCUAGGACUGAUGCUGGGAGAGAACACAGCCACCGUAGUUGCCCCACAAAUUACUGUUUCUCUUCAGUGUAACAGGUGUAAGGUGACUGCAGACCUGACACUCAGUGGAAGGACACCCUGUGCGGCUCAGUGUGACAACUGUAGCACAAGCAUAAGUGCAGCAUUCAGGCCGUGCAUGCUGCACCAUUACAGUGAUGUCCUGGGUUACUUGGACCUCCAAAACGCUACAGCUGUUGACCUGGUACUUCGGGACUGCGAACUCACUGUGGGUUGUCUCAGCUGUUCCCAGGAGGGCCCAGUGCAGAACCUUGUCUACGGACAAACAAAGGAGUUUAAUUGUGAAAACUGCCACACAAAACUCAGCAUCUUGACCGAGAGCACAAAAUUUCAAUACAUUCAGCCUCGCAUCAAUAAAACAGAUUCAAGUGCUAUUAAUUACAAGAAGUUAAGAGAUCCUGCUGUGCAAAAGGGGAAGCCACUGCCAGAAAAAGGAACAUGCAAACAUUUCAAACAAAGCCAUCGCUGGUUAAGGUUUCCCUGCUGCGGCCGGGCAUACCCCUGUGAUGUGUGUCACGAUGAGAACCAGGAUCACCCCAUGGAACUCGCCACACGGAUGAUUUGUGGUUUCUGUGCCAAAGAACAGCCAUAUGGCAACAGAAAGCCCUGCAUCAGCUGUGGGGGCAUGAUGACAAAAGGCAUGCACACCACCCACUGGGAGGGAGGACGGGGAUGUAGAAACAAAGUCAAAAUGAGCAGAAAUGAUCGACAGAAAUAUGCCAGCACCAACAAAACAGUUUCAAGGAAGGCCGGCGGUGAGAAGAAGUAGUUGGUGAAGAAGAGCCCUGUUGCAUUAAUUCAUCACAAAUCAUUAUGAUGCACGAGUUGUGAUGAAUCUUUUCCACAAUAAAUUGUGUUUUUAUCAUCAUUAA